AGCACUGACGCUUUUCAAAGCGGUUUGUUUUGGCCGCUGAAUGUUGAUCAGGAUGAAUUCUUUUGCUAAUAAAAAGACAGAGAAUGGUCUUAUAAAUAGGUACCAGACUAACUUGGAGAGACGAAUUGAGAAGGGGGAUCAAAGUUUAGUAUGCAGGGAUGAGGGACUGUGUAAGGAAGUAGAGGUGCUCCUUUGCAAUAACAAUGCCCAGAAAAUACAUACUCUACAUGGAUUAGAUUCACUGACAGUGAUGGAGAAAUCUCUCCAUGCAUUUCCUUCUAAAACUGGCCAAAUGGGGCUUGAAAAACUUUCCAAGGCCUUUGAAGUGUUGGAGCUCGCUGCGUUAAACCUCUACGUCUUCCCCUGGCGAAGAGAGUACAGACUGGUUAAGAUGUUUUCAGGCAUGUUCACCCAUUUGAUCAAACCUGCUCUGACCCUUCAGCAGGCUAAAGAGCUGUUUGGAUUGCUUGGGUACCAGCCUUCAAUCCCUAAUGAAGACGAGGAGUUGACGCUGAACUCCAAACCAGCUCCUUCUGAUUUCAUACUCGGUCUAGCAUGUGGUUUCUUCACUGCCCGGAUGGAGUGCCAGCUGCUACUUUCCUCCUUGGGCUCAGCGCACAGAGGUGUGGAGUGGGUUCUUCAGCUAGUUAAAGAGAGGCAGGCGGGCCACAGUCUUCAGGUAGCAUUAGACAACGCCAAGAGAAAGUCGGAGGUUGCUAGUGCUUCGGACGCCAUCCUGACAAGCGGCGUGGACGCUGAGCUUGAUCUGUACACAGAGGAGACAGACGUGACAUCCACUCCUUUUUCACCACCACACUCUUCUUAUACGCAACCAAAAGAGAUCAUUCAAAGCAAGCCUUUACAGAAAGAGCCCUUACAGUCAGACUCAGACAUGAGGAAUAAUGACGUUACCAGGCAGAGAAGAUCAAACAACAAUCCAGGUCCAAUGGAAAGCUUUGGUGAAGAUCAAUCGAAAGGUAGUGCCCAGAGACAAGCAGGAGUAAACGUGAUGUGCAGCUGUAUCACACCAGAUGUAUUAUAUAUAUACCAGUGUGAGAAGUGCAAAGAGUUUCACAGUCUAUCGUGUAGCGGUUAUAAAGAGUGCUUUUUAAAAGAGCAUACUUUAGCACUGUGCCCAUACAAAGCUGAAGACCUUUAUUUAGCACAAGACCCGUUUAGAUUGGCCAAGGAAAAAGAUUCCCUGAAGACACAUAAUUGCAUGGUCAAUUCUACUUCUGAUACAUUUUUGGAUUGUUACAAAUGCCAGGUAAUCCAUGGCCACAACUGUAAUAUUAUUCAAAAGUGCAAAUUAAAUCACAACGUACUGCCCGAAGGAAAAUUACAGCCCCCUCAAGGAGAAAGAGUGAAUGCUCAAAAAAAGCACACAUGUCUUUCUUCUGAAGCUCCAGUAUAUGUAAUCUGUCACACCUGUAAUAACUCCCAUGAUUUAUUAUGUCAAGAUUUGCAAAAUUGUGCUAAGUAUGCACAUUGUAUCCAGUACCCCCAGGAAAAAACAGGUGCUUCAGAAACACCUCCUGCACCAAUAGCAUUUCUCAAUCAUUGCUUGACAGAUAAACAGCCUUUGCCUGAAAUUGUGUGUCUCACUUGUAAAAACUUUCAUUUAUCUGGGUGUUCUGAUGGAUGGCGUUGCUCUCAAAAACACAAAAUACAAGAUCUCGGAACUAAAUGCAUCACUUGCCUCGGUUCUGAACUUUCCACCUACUGCAGGUAUUGUGGUGCCCUGUAUUGCAAACGAUGUUGCUUUAAAAAUACCAUGGUAUGUAAGUGUGGAAUGCCUUUCAUCUCCUCUUCCUCUGAAUAACAUCUAUGCAUCAGUGUUGACCAUGUGUGGUUGAAGACUGUUUUUAAUCUGCACAUUAAGCCAGUUAUUAUUUUGCUAAUUGCACAGUAGAUCUGAAAUACUUUGGGGUUAAAUACAUGACAAUCUGUUACACUUUUGAUUUUUGAUAUCAGCAACAUCUUGAUAGGAGCCAUGUAUUAUAAAAAAGUUACAAAGUUCACAGUAGAGUUAAUUAUCACUUACCAAUUUAUGUCAUACAAUAACAGAGCUCAUAACUGUAUAUUAUUGGUUGAGAUUGUGCGAUGACCAGUCCAAUAUUUGGGAAAAUCAUGGUUUUGGGUCUUAGCAACAUUUCUAACCAGUUAUUAUGUUGUUUAGAUUAAUGUACUAUGCUGCCAUAUAAUUAUUAAAUAUAAUGCAUGUUUAUUAUUGUGAUUAAUAUAAAAAUAAAGGGAAUGUAAGAGA